GUGAGGCUGUGAGAUCAAUUCUGUUUAAAUUAUAAAUUGUUUUUGGUUACUAUACAAAUCAAAUAUUUUACUGUUUCCACACAUUCUGGUUCAGUUCAGGUAGCUGGUUGUUCUGUGACUGUUGUAUGUCAGUACUUAAUUGAAAGGGAUACAAAGCAGAUAUAUACACUUAGAUUCAACGUACUAAAAAUAACAAGUUGUUAAACCAGUGUUUACUUCGUAAACAUAACCUAUAAAUAUGUCUUCAACAUCGGCUUUAGCUUCUUUAACUGCGACAUAUACAGACUCCGAAGGCGAAACUGAAAACAACGAAGACGAACUCGAGGGUGAGAAUACAAACAAUGCCGGAAAGUCACCAUCAGGUUCAGCGUCAGAUAACAAAUCCACAAACUCAUCUCGACCAGUGAGUCCCGCGCAAGUUAGAGUGACCUCAAAAGUGGCCGCUUUGGUGUCCUAUCACGAUGACACAGUUGCUUCCGAUGACGAGGGCGAUGCUGAGGAUGAAGUGCCCCAUGAAGUCAUAUUGUUGGCUGACACUGAUGACAACAUACAGGAUGUUGAAAUGAAUGAAGAGGAUGGCGAAUUGAUACCUCCAGAGCCGCCUGGACAUUGCUCCAUAGAGUUACAAGAAAAGAUAUCGAAGCUAUAUGACAAAAUGCAGACACAAAAUCUAGAUAUGAAUGCUAUUAUUCAGAAGAGAAAAGACUUUAGAAAUCCUAGUAUUUAUGAGAAGUUGAUUCAGUUUUGUCAGCUCAAUGAGCUGGGUACAAAUUACCCACCAGCAAUGUAUGAUCCUCUAAAAUGGAGCAAGGAGUCGUAUUUUGAAGAAUUGGCCAAAGUACAAAAGAUUGAAAUGGAUAAGAGAGAGAAGGAACGCAAGUCCAAGGUGGAAUUUGUCUCAGGAACCAAAAAAUAUGAGGAAGAAAAGAAGAGAAAAAGUAAGUGGGAUCAACCUGGUGGGGGAACAGUGCCAUCACAGAGCAUUAAACCUGCAGGACUAGUACAACCAUCUUUAACCAGUUCAGCAACAGGUACCAAAGGUACUGUCAUAUCAGCAUUUGGGUCGUUACCCAAAAAACCACGUCCGUAAAUCAUAAUUAAUAAUUGUAAAAUUCAUUUGAGGUUUUGCUGUAUUUUUUUCUGUCGCCUUUUCACUAAUUAACAAAGUUGGCAAAGUUAUAUUAAAGUCUUUAUAUUUAACUUAAACUGUUAGUAGCAGUUUGCUAUUAAUUAUUUAAAAAGACUUCAAUUCUAUUUAUUUCUUAAAUUACAGUUAUGAAAUCUUAAUUUAUUAUUAUUAUUAUUAUUAUUUUUUGUAAAUGUGUUGAAUAUGACAUUCAACUUUCAUGAAUUAAUUUUGACUUCUUAAUCAAUAUAAAGGACAAUAAUAUUGUCAUAAUAUUAACUAACCUCAAAUCAAUUCUUACAAACCAACUGUUUAGGAAAUUUAAAAUUUUAGUAAAUAUAUGUAUGUCCAUAUAGAAGUUAUUUUUAUUUAUAAUAUGUAAAUUGUUUUUAUUUUGUAAGAUUUCUGUGAAUAAUAAAUAUUUUUUU